AUGAGCUCUACGCAGGCUACUCUGUUCAGACCUUCCUUGAUCCCUGCAAGGACUACACAAACGAAACAUGUCUCGAGUUUGUCUUUUAGGCCAACAUUACGCUUUCAUAAUCGUCCACGCCCCAAUCUAACUCUUCGAGCAUCUGCAUCAUCAUCUAUGUCUACGCAGUUCUCGCCUCUACUGAAUCAUCGAUGCCGUUUACAGAGUAGGAAUCAGAGGCAAGGUCCUGCUGUGUGUUUACUUGGUGGGAAGGAUAAUCUUGAUCUUAGUCCUGAGGGAUCAUCACUAUGGGAAGAAUUUGAGAAAGCUACAGGGAAGAGAUCGGUUGAAGAUUUGUUGCGUGAGCAGAUUCAAAAGAAAGACUAUUACAUCACUAACAAUGGCAACACACCUCCACGAGGAGGAGGAGGAGGAGGAGGAAGGGGAGGCGGUGGAAAUGGUGGGAAUAAUGGAUCUGGAAGCUCAUCAGGAGAGGACGGUGGUUUUGCGGGUAUCGCUCAUGAAACUCUGCAAGUGGUUUUAGCAACCUUAGGCUUCAUCUUUCUGUACAUUUACCUCAUCAACGGAGAGGAGUUGUUGCGUCUUGCGAGAGAUUACUUUAGGUAUCUUAUUGGACGACCAAAGAGUGUUAGGCUGACUCGAGUUAUGGAAAGUUGGAGUAGCUUCUUGGAGAGUAUGUCGAGGCAAAGAUUGUAUCACAAGUACUGGCUUCAAAAACCAAUCAUCACUACGCCUACGACUUGCCAUGAUAGCGGCCUCCUCAGAUCUUAUGUUGAUUCAAAUGAAGAUGGUGAAUAA